UCUUGGUCAACAUGCAGGUAAGCUUCAAAACACCUUGGAGAAAGGGAAACUUUGGCUUCUUCAGAAGGUUUAUUCAGAUUUCAGGUGAUUCACGAAAAGGAGAAUAAAAUGAAAGGUGUUGGUUCCGUUGCCAUUUUGCUGCUUUUGAUACUAGUGCAAAACAGUUGUCAAAAUCCAGUGAAGGAUACAGAAGAAACAUCAAGCAGUAUAUUGGAAAAACAAUCGAUCCCAUUGGAGGAUGUGAAACGGCACUCUGAAGGCACAUUCACCAGUGAUUACAGUAAAUAUAUGGAUAAUAGACGUGCUAAGGACUUCGUACAAUGGCUGAUGAGCACAAAACGGAAUGGGGACAAAACCAAGAGGCAUGCUGAAGGAACUUACACAAGUGAUGUAGAUUCUCUUUCUGACUACUUCAAAGCAAAACGCUUUGUUGAUUCACUUAAAAGUUACAGCAAGCGUCAAAGUGGCAGGGGCAUUUCCAAGAGACAUGUUGAACCGACCAGACACACAGAAAGAAGUUACGCGAAUGAUAUAACAUCUUAUCUAGAGGAGAAGGCAGCAAAGGACUUUAUUAACUGGCUAAUAAAGGGACGUGGCAGAAGAGAAUUUCCAGAAGAUGAAAUUUUGAAUGAAGUGAUUCCUGAUGAAUUGGACAGAAGACAUGCUGAUGGUACCUUCACCAGUGAAAUUAAUAUCGUUUUGGACACCAUUGCUGCCAAGGAGUUUUUGAACUGGCUCUUAAACUCCAAAACUGUUGAAGCAAGGAACUCUGAAAUAGAAUUCUUCAACGAGUAUGAGUAAAGGAAGCAACUGAUUUCAACUUAACAUUUUGUCUUGCAACAUUGCCCACAUGUUGAUAAAAUAUUUACAGCUUUUUGUUCUGCAAAUGACACAGAAUGUUAUAUGAAGCCAUAAUGCUUUGCAUGCAAAAGAAUUGACUCAAAAUGUAAUGUGCUGUUUUGAAGUAGGAUUUGAAGUAAAUAAAUGUUAACAAAAGAA